CGGACCCUCGAUACCGGUGUAACGAAGCUUAGUUCUUUGGGUCGUGGUUGAUAAUCUAUCGUCAUGGCAGAAAACGAGGCAACGAGAGAGGACUAUGCGAGACUCCCUCCGGUAGCUGCCGAUGUUGGCAUUGAAACGAACUCCCAAAGCAACAGACUGGGUGUAGCCGGGGUGGACACAACGGCUGUGGCUCCUGCUCCUGCUACUAGUGCGGUGGACCAAACCGUUGCAGCUUUCCAGUCAGAACCUCGAGCCACCGGUGAGAAGAAUGAUUCGAUUGCGGAUGUAGAUGCGGAUGCGGAUGCGAAGCCAACAACAAUAACGCAGCGACGUGCUUCAGCAGGGCACCGCAAAACCGAGAACGAUCAGUCGCUAGAUCCAACGCAGAGCACGAGCCACAAGGCCAAAACCGAAGCCACCAACAAACGCAGCAGUGUUGGAGAAGUUACCGAAACCCCUACGGCAACAAAGAAGAAAAAAGUCGGGGAUCUCUCUGUGUCGCCGGAUUGGCAUCGAAAGGGAGAUCGUACCGUUCAUCCCUCUCCCGUCUAUAUAGCGACAGGUGUAAGUAGAGAGAUGUGCUGGAUCCAUAUGUCGUGAAUGGAUUCCAUGUUGCGUGCAAUACCUCACGCACGGCAUCCGUUUGUUUUCAAUUUCUGGCGUUUCUCUAUGUCUCUCACAGUGGCCUCAGCGAAGCCCCAUAGACGCCGCACCGCCACCGUCCCAGGGCGGUGUGUUACAUCGCUGCGAGGCAGAAUCGAAUGGCUCGAUCCACGCAUCGUCAUCAACGUUGUCCACCUCGCGUGAACACGGACACGACGAUGUCGCCCACGCACUUUUUACAGAAUCCUUCGACACGAUCAGUGCGUGCGGAAGCGCCAUGGCCGUUCGGGAGCAACAACUGAACGCGGAAGGGAUUUUGUCGCCGAGGCAGAAGAUCCACAGUCCUCCCCGGGACGGAACCGAAGGGAUUCUCCCUUCUCCAAGAAAGAAAUCCAGGCGUGAUCGGUAUCCGAGCAACGGCGAAUUAACUGGCAGUGGGGAUAAUGAUGCAAAUGGUGCCGCUAGAUAUGGCGAGUAUCAUCUCUUGUCGGCAACCAAUCACAAAGCGGGUUCUUCCGGCCUGGAGCACCAACCCCAUGGAGAUCAACAAUAUCAAGAACAUUCUUCUCCACACAGUCCGCCACAACGGGUGGUUCACGUAGACGGGGAGGAUCAUGGCUGCGAGGAUAUUUCACCAAUCAAAUUUUCUCCCCCCACCGAUUCCUCUCCUUCAAAUCUCUCGAAUCACCGCGGCCACUACACGCAGCCCAGCGUGGAUCAUCGACAGCGCUAUAGGGGUGGCUUUCCGGCUGGCAGCGAUGUCCGGCUGAGCGAAGACCGGGAGUUUCCCUACGAAACUUCGUCUCCACCUGAUGGUCACGACGAGCAGCACGCGGCGGAGAUUUCCUUUGAUACCUCCGCCGCCGCUGGCAACAGUGGUUACCACCACCAGACUAUUAGGAAUAGCGGCGACGAGGGGAGAAGGCAAUACUCGCUACCGGUUUCCCACUCUCCUUCACAUCGUGGAACGGGCGAAUCACGUGCUGUCCAAGAAGUUGAAGAAGAGGUCGACCAUGAAAACGGAAAGAACACUAGUACCCAUGAAGCCUCGAUAGGAGGGCAGCACUACGAUUCCAACAGGGAACGGUAUUAUCACGACAAACGCUCAUUCUAUUCUACAGCUCCCCCUCUACCUCGUGGUCUUCCUAGUCCAGAUCUACGUGAUCCAAGGCAUUACUAUCACAACCAUAAAUCCAAGUUUUACCCAGGGGAAGAUGUUCGGCCUCCUCUUAGUGGUGACGGUGCUAGAUAUGCUGAUAAGGAAGUCACCAAGGGACGUAACGAUUCAAGUAAAAACGUUCUUGACAGACCUAGUAGAAUGGUACAGUCGUCACCUAUUCAAUCGGGAAGGCCCCGCUACCCGAACUGGCCGCAACAGGAGCUUCAUUAUGCUCCCUAUGGUGCCCCAGCCAACACGAUACUCCCGCCUCCACAUCCUCCCUUUGUUGGUACGCCGUGGACAAUUCGUCCACCAAAUUCCAAACAACGAGAACCCAACCCACCGCGUGACCACAUGGCAGCGGACACCUUCUAUCGAAAUCGGCACCAUCAAGUGGACCAGUACCCACCCCUUCCACCUUAUAGUCAGGGCGAGACAAAGAGACCUUCUGGAGCUCCUUUUACACAAAGCACAAAAUUAAAAGCUGAUGCUGCUCCUCCGCCGAGCGAUAAUCACAAAAUAUAUCAACAGCAUUCGCCGUUUCCUCCUCCAACUUAUUCGCCUUAUCACAACCAUCGGCACGACCUGGCAUACGUUGGAAAAGAUCCUUUUACGAUACUUCGCUGUAUUCGUACAAUAUUUCAGGGGUGCUCCUAUCUGCUGUACCCUGUCCACGUGGGUAUCAAUUGGAGCGGUGAGCAACAAGUACGUGACUUCUUGUGCUUGUUACUCUUCACAGUGUUUGUGUCGUUUUCGAUCCAUUUGCUUUUUUCUCAACAAUUCUUUUGGGUUCAUAUAUUCAGGCAAUUCAUACGGAUCCAGACGAUCUGAAAAUUGCUCGACGCCGGAUCGAAUCUGCAAUUUGUGCAUUGGGUGGAUACAUCAAGGAUGUACGGGAAGGACAGUAUUCGUGCAAUGGAACUUCCUCGCAUGAUACAAAUGGGUAUUCUUCCAAAUCCAGUCGCUCGCCAACCAUAUCUUCCCACAUAUUUCGUCGCACGGACGGAAACCAGCACAUUGGUUCCAUUACAGGCACAUCAUCGUCAAGCAGCUCCGAUCAUUAUAGAGAUCGAUUUCAUAGCCGAUACUUCAUUGGCAAUCACGGAGUAUCUUGGGAGGUAGAAGAAAAUCCCCCCGUUUGUAUUUCUAUAGACGACGACGAAGAUAAUGUUAUCAGUCGCAAUGGAAAUAACGACAAGACUGACAACUCAAGUGGCACUGUUGGAAAUCCUAGUCGUAGUGGAAUGGGAAAUCGCCACGUACCGCCUCUAUUUAAUCCAAAAUCACCCUCGCUGGACACCAAACGCCAAACUUCGGGACUGACACCAGUUGAUCAUAGCCAAAAGAUGAAGUAUCGGUGCAAACUUUGUGGACAGCCAAAGCAAAAUCAUGUAUGCCCCUAUCGGAAGUCACUGGUUAGAACUAUCGGAGUUAUGGUUUGCCCUGCCGUAAAUGCAUACACAACAUCAGAGCCAGGAGUUUUGACGCCAGCUCUCACUGAAAUGAACAACGUGGUUCCAUAUGCCAGACCACAUUCUCGUGAUGACAACAGUGAUAUAGGUACAGAAUCAUCAUCACGUGACCAUUCGUCUCACGGCUAUCGCUCAACACCAGGUGGACAACAGAAAACCAGCGGUCGGUAUCAUUACUCGCCAACCACGUCAAGCUUGUCCACCUCCCCACACAGCAAUAACCAACAAUCGUCCUACCUGGAACGACAUCAUCAUGCCAACCUUUGGCAAGAAGAAAAACGCCCCAUUCAGCAGUCGGCGACGAUGCCUCUUGUCCUUCGUGCGGAACACUACCGUGUCGUCACCCCUCGAAGUCCGUGUCAAAACACUGAUCCGAACAGAAUGGACGAACGUGAUGACAAGGAGGAAGAUUCUUUCGACUACCCCCAUGUACCUCUUACUUAUGCGGGUCGGAAACGCCUCACGGAUACCCUCUUUUAUCUUUCACAAAGAGUUCCCUCCGUCAUGACGGACGUUGCCUCGUUGCUGCGUUUGGCUCGAGAAAGAGAUGAAUGGGAUCUAGCCGUUGCCGAAGUUCUUACCCAAAUCAUUGUCUGCAUCCAUUGCUCAGAUGGAGACUUUCAACUCAGUGGACUAUGCAAAUAUCUUUUGAAGAUUGGUACUGCUUCGUAAAUAUAUAUAUUUGUAUCAGGGAGCAGACGUGUUUUUACUAUUGACAGAAUCGACUUGCGUAACGGGAACCGAGUCUUCCAGGUCUGAGUUGCUAGGCCACAGAUAUGAGAAACAAGGCAAUCUACUCGAAUCAGUUGAUACCUUCGAUCAUCCGCUGGAAAAUUUAAAGCUGAAGAUAAAAUAAUUUGGAUUAU